GGUGGGGACUGCACGAGCAGCAAACGCCCCUUUCACAUUUUUCCGCCCCCGUUUAUCCUUCCCCAAAUCACACGAAGAAGCAGACUCCCUCAGCAAAUCAUCACGCGUCGAUUGCUCGUCAAAUAAAAAUGCGUCCACGGGUUGACGUGCUUCUGAGACGGUGGCAUCGAAUGUUAGGUCUAUCGCGCCAAUCACCACCGUCCUGGUACCGAGACCGGGUUCGCGAGGAGCUGCGGGAGCGCCGGACCGCAAAGACACCCUGGCAGAAGCUCAGCGAGACAUCGGACGUCUUCUUUUCCAUCAGUCGCGCAAGGUGCGAUGGGUUUCCCGUCCGGACAUUGCCCCCCUUUGUUGCCUCUCGCCACACCCUGUUGUACACGUACAUGCUGGCAAAAUACACUUUGCGCUGGAAAUUCUACCGAACGGCUGCCAUCCUCUGCAACACUCCUUACGACAAGGUGCGUGAGGUGGUAAAUCCGAGCAAAGACCACAAGCUUGACGAAGUCGCUUCCCGUUACCAGAUCGACCCUGCGGAAUUUAGGCGAGUUUGUCGCCAACUGAGGCGGGUAUGGCCUCUUCUCCCGUAGGGAGGUGCUUCAGGAGCAAGCUAUCCAAUGGGUUGGGCCUUGGGUUAACACAGGUUCGUUGGAUUGGGUCGGGUUCGGGAUAAUGGUAAAUAAUUAGGUAUUGCAAUCAACAAAACAGUGCUGUGGCCAUAUUUAUUCGAUGUGGCAUUUGUCAAGAUUGUCACGUGAUUGUACAGUACCCUACCGAACACUCGUAUUUUCGGAAAUAUGACUCAUUUCCUUUUUAUAAUGGAGGCUACGGUACCUUAGGGAUCCAAAUACCGGUAAUUAAAUAAAAGAGUACCGGUAUCCAGAAACCGCUCGGCAUAACCAUUUUCUUCCCCAUUUUAGCCUGCACACCGAGUUACUCGAGUAGUACUGUAUGAUGCUCGAGUACGCUGCGGGUACUGUACGGUACUGUACGAGUACCGUACAGCACAUCUCAGUCAUGUCUAGGGCUGCUAUCCUGGUACAGUACCCUGUUGGCACAAGCAACAGAAACCAUGCGGCACACUUAUCCCU